AUGGAUUCUUCACCAUAUUUGGAUCGCUAUCGUCAGAUCGGCGCGCUCGAUCAACAGAAGAAUCAGCUCAUUGAGGAACUUCUUCAACGAGUCACCGACCUUGAAAACUCCUUCCAGCGCGAGAAAUUGGACCAUGAACGCGAGACACGUUUCAACCGGGAUAUCCAGCUGCACGAAAUGGAGCUCAUGCAACAGAUAUCCCAGAUCAAGAAUAUAAUGGACCGAGAACCGUUCGUGGUGGUACUCCUAGAUGGCGAGGGUAUAAUUUUCAAGGACGAGUUCUUGCAGUUGGGUGAAGAGGGUGGCCGAAAUGCCGCUACACAGUUUUACACGGCCAUGCACACAUACCUGUUGCAAAACCUGCCGAGUGUCAAUGUGCCCAAGAUAAUACUCAAGCUCUACUUGAAUGUGAAGGGUUUCACAGAGACAUGUAUCCGGAGUGGGAUUCUCGCGGAUCCCUUGACGGUUCAUGAAUUUAUCCGCGGGUUCAAUGAGACCAUGUCAUACUCGGAGAUUAUUGACAUUGGCAGCGGCAAGAACAGGGCCUAUGAUAAAAUUCAAGAGAUGUUCCAGGUCUUCCUUUACAACUGCCAUUGCCACCAGGUUUUCGUUGGUUGCGCCUCAAAUACCGAAUAUGCCCAGUUCCUCGAAGAGACAUUGAAUGAUGGAGAUCUUACCGGACGUGUGUCGCUCGUGGAAGGUGUGGCAUUCGACAAGGAACUGGAUGCGGUGAAGGGAUCAUUUCGGACUGCCAAGUUCCCUGAUGUCCUGCGUUCAUCCAAGGUGGCACCUAUCUAUGUUGCGCCCUGGAAGAGCAGCUUGCCCUCUCGGUCCUUGCUCACCCCAUCACCGUCGCAGCAGCUACAGAACCCUCCGCCCUUGUCCCGCACUUCCACCAACACGAGUGCUUCAGGCCUGGGCGCACAGCCAUUAGCGCCAACACCGAAUACAAACAACGAAGCCCCCGACUUCCAGGUUGUUCGCUCCAAGGGAUCUGGCUCGUCACCUCUCAAGACAGUGGAGCGAAAUAAAUACGGACAGCGAGUGGACCGUCUAGAUUUCAAGAGCAUCCCUCGGGAUGACCUGAAUCGAUUGAAAAAGCUCAAAUUGUGCAAUUAUUACUUCCUCCUUGGGGAAUGUCCCAACGAGGAGAACUGCUAUCAUGAUCAUGAUCGCAAAUUGACCCGGCAAGAACUCCAUAUUCUGUCUGCCAUCGCGCGGAUGACCCCCUGUCGCUUUGGACUGGAAUGUGAAGAUCCUGAAUGCAUUUACGGACACCGUUGCCCGCAGAGUGAGCCGGGCAAGAAGACCUGCUUCCGAGGCGAUAGUUGUCGUUUUGAGCCUGUGGCCCACGGCAUCGACACCAAUAUCGUCAAGGUGACCAAGAUCUAA